UGUCAAAAACAUACGGUCAAUACCAAAUGACGUUUUGUGUUUUAAUGUUUUUGAACCGAUCAAUCAAUUUACUUUGCAAUCACUUUUAGAGAUUUUAGAGAGUGAAAAAGUGUAAUGUAUUAAGAGAUAAAGGUAAACAAGAACAACAAGUUCUAUAAUGGAUGAAAAGAAAUCUAUCCUUCAUGAACUGUACGUGUUUUCUGAAUGGAAACCAGAGCCUGAAUACAUACAAAAGCCUGAUAGUAUAUUACCUGAGAAUAUAUCAGCUCUUUGGCGAUGGGUGAACUUCCUGGGACCGAAAAAAAAUCUUCUUGAUGCUGUAACGGCACAUUUAGAAAAACAACAAAAGUGGCAUAUUGCAUUGGGAGACGAGGGCAAAGUAAUUGCUGUUUUGACUGACAAUAUUUUGGAGAUCAGAACGAAGAGAUCUGAGUAUGCAACAAUUGCUGCUAGGACAACAGUGAGCCGAGAUGCUUACCCGCAAUGGCGAAAGUUAGUGUGGAGUCCCGACUGCUCUCUAGUGGUUCUGGCCUAUGGAAAUGGUGUAGUCAGCUUCUUCGAUCUGACUGCAUCCAACCUUUUUAACAUUCCUACUGAUUGCUCAAGACCAGGUGGCUUAGAAUGCACAGAUAAUACACAUGCUGUGGCUGACAUUAUAUUUAUGCCCCUGAGAGUCAAAGAUACAAAAUGGAACUGGGAGGUGUUGGUGGUGACGUACGACGGUCGGCUGCGCGGGUUCCUGGUGUCGCAGACGGACGCGUGCAAGCUGCACCACUCGUUCCGGUUCCCGGCCGGCGUCGCCGCGCUGCGCUACUGCGAGCCUCACUCCACCAUGUACGUCGCCGGGGUGCCUAGGGGACCUGCCAAGGAGGCGCAGUGCGCGCUGGGCGCGGGGCUGAGCGCGUGGCGCAUCCUGAACGACGAGCCGUACUACAAGCUCUCCGUCGUCUCCGACCACGCGGACGCGCUCGCCAACGACCGGUUCAAGCUCUACGUGCCCUUUGGAUAUUCCAAUAAUCUGGCUUUCAUAGUCCGAAUGGAGCUCUCUCCGGACGGCACGAGGCUCGUAUGCCUCCACUGCAAUGGCGACGUGUCAGUAUGGCGCCUGCCUCUACUGAAGCUGGAGUACCGCUGGGCGCUCGCCACUCAGCCCCACCACGACCUCAGGAACCCUCUCGCUGGAGACGAGAAGCCUGGGAACAAAAAGGACCUCACUGCAUUCUACCCGGCUGACAUCAACUGGUGGAGUAAUGAGGAAAUAAUAGUAUCGCGAUUUAGCGGGGCAGUCACCAUUUGCGAUAUAGAGACUAUGGCUAAUAUUCUGGGGAAGAAGCCUGAAUUUUUCCAGGGAGCCCCACAGAUCACGCGCGCGCAUGGCGGCACGGCGAUGGUGCUGGAGUGCGAGGGCCACGUGCUGCCCGCCAGGACGGCGCGCAGCGACCCCGCGAUGGAAGUAGUGAAGAUAGAAACCGAUUCUGAAGACACGAUGUUAGAGCUAGCGAAGGAGCUGAUCAAGUCCGUGCUGUACGCCAUCACGGACAUCGAGACGUUCCAACCGAAGCCGCGGCGCAUCACGGUGGUGUCGCGCGUGUACCGACUGCUCGGACUCAAGAGCACGACGCCCACGGAGCUGUUCUCGCGGAAGAUAGAGAGCGGCUCGUACGGCGAGGCGCUGGCGCUGGCGGACAGGUUCCAGCUGGACAGUGACCUCGUGUACCAGCAACAGUGGCGCAAGAACCCAGUCUCCAGCGACGCCAUACACAACUACCUGAGCAAAGUGUCGAAGAAGAUCUGGGCGGUGCACCAGUGCGUGGACCGGCUGCCGGAGAGUCUGCCCGCCGCCAAGGAGUUGCUGCAGUUCGGCCUGCAGCUCACCAACGACACCAUCCUGGCCGAGAUCAACGCGGGGCGCGGGGGGCCCGCGGCGCUGGGCGCGGCCGACGUGCUGCCGCGCCACCUCAACGCCUACACCGCCGAGCUGCUGCGCUGCCGCCACGUCAUGCUCUUCUACCGGGAGAGGCUCCGGCUCUACGAGUCCAUAUUGAAGUGCGAGAAGUCGACGUACGAAAAGGACGAGUACGACCGCCUGCGCAGUAACAGUAUCGCGCAGAGCGCGCUGCGACUGGCGCGCAGCGGGCGCGUGGCGGCGCUGGCGUGUCUGUGGCCGCACGUGCGCGGCCUGGCGUGCCAGCUGCGCGCGCUGGACGCGCUGCCCGAGACCACGCCGCCCGCGCUGUACCGCCGCCUGCUGCCGCCCGCGCCGCCCGCGCCGCCCGCGCCGCCCGCGCCGCCCGCGCAGUCCGCGCAGCCCGACCAGUCCGCGCAGCCCGACCACGACUGGUGCCGGAACGAAAUAUUUCGGUCAAUUUGGAGCUCGAACUGGUCAGAAGAUUCGAGCCCCGACAGCGAGACCGCGGCGGCGAGCCCGGCCGACGUGGCGGCGUGGUACGAGCGGCGCGCGCGCGCCAUCGAGCGGCGCAGCGGGCUGGUGUCGCACGCGCUGGCGCUGCUGCGGCCCGCCGCCGCCGGCGCCGGCCUGCCCGGCCUACAGCGCGCGCUGUUCCAUCUCACCACGCUCGACGUGCUGGUCUACGACGUCAACGUCGAGGGCGUCUCGCUCGACCAGCUCCAGAACAUGUCCACGCUGGAAGUGUGCUCCGUCCUCAUGAAGAUGUCCACCCCGCAGACGUUCGUGUCGGACUUGAAGCAGUUCGUGGUGCCGUACCUGAAGCGGUGCGAGAGUCUGUCCAAGAGUAACGACUCCUGCGUCACCGGACUCAUCGCCUACCUCGAGAGCAUCAGCGUGGAGGACCUCUCCCCCAUACUACUCGUGCUGCAGUCACCCGCAGAGUUCGAGCUGGACGUGCGCACGCACCUGGAGCUGGUGGAGCGCUGUCUGUUCGCGCACACUGGCACCGACCAGCUCGACAAGGCAUGCGACCUACUGCACACGCUGCUCAAGGAGAGCGACGGCAGCAUCAGUAGCAGCUCGCUGGUGCGGCGCGUGCGCUGCGUGGAGCGGCUGGUGGCGGGCAGCGAGCGCCUGGCGGUCCGCGGGGUGCUGGUGCCGCCGCGGGAGCUGGUGCGCCUGCGCGACGAGCCGCAGCGCGCCGCGCAGCUCCUCACCAAGUUGGCGCGAUCGCUCGCACUCAGGGAAGAAAAACCAACACCGCAAGACUGGGAUAAGCUACUCAAAGACCUCCUCGAGCUGCAGAGCACUUUGUUCUGCCGUGUCGCUAAGGAUAAAUGCUACGAGAUCUACGCGCUGGCGCUGCUGACGUCGGGCGACGCGGGCAGUAUAAGGCUGGCGCGCUCGGUGCUGACGUGCUCCCCCCUGGAGCGCGCCGCGCAGGUGCCGCACCCUGCCAGCGUGGCGCUGGUGUCCGCCGCCGCCACCGAGUACUUCAACUCCGCCAACAGCCUCGUCGACCCGGCCUUGGAGUUGGCCAAAUGUUGCUUGCAACUUAUAAACGCCGAGAAUGCGGAUAUCCAAAAGGAGUUGGACUUGAUCAAUGCACUCCCCAUAUUGCAUUCAUUCAACGUGGGUGUCCUUCCUGUUCAAGUUCGGAUAUGUGAAGAUAGGAUGUCACUGAUAGAGGCGUGUCUCAUGUUGGAUCCUAACGCGUACUUAGCCAGCCACAAGCUGCUGAAGCUUGCGACCUUACUGAGGAUAGCGGGUGACGACGAACAGGCGAGGGAGGGGCAGGUGCUGCAGCUGGCGGCGGCGCGCGCCAUGGCGGGCGGGGGCGCGGGGGGCGCGGUGUGUAUGUGCUCGCACUGUGUGCAGGGAGGGGCAGGUGCUGCAGCUGGCGGCGGCGCGCGCCAUGGCGGGCGGGGGCGCGGGGGGCGCGGUGUGUAUGUGCUCGCACUGUGUGCAGGGAGGGGCAGGUGCUGCAGCUGGCGGCGGCGCGCGCCAUGGCGGGCGGGGGCGCGGGGGGCGCGGUGUGUAUGUGCUCGCACUGUGUGCAGGGAGGGGCAGGUGCUGCAGCUGGCGGCGGCGCGCGCCAUGGCGGGCGGGGGCGCGGGGGGCGCGGUGUGUAUGUGCUCGCACUGUGUGCAGGGAGGGGCAGGUGCUGCAGCUGGCGGCGGCGCGCGCCAUGGCGGGCGGGGGCGCGGGGGGCGCGGUGUGUAUGUGCUCGCACUGUGUGCAGGGAGGGGCAGGUGCUGCAGCUGGCGGCGGCGCGCGCCAUGGCGGGCGGGGGCGCGGGGGGCGCGGUGUGUAUGUGCUCGCACUGUGUGCAGGGAGGGGCAGGUGCUGCAGCUGGCGGCGGCGCGCGCCAUGGCGGGCGGGGGCGCGGGGGGCGCGGUGUGUAUGUGCUCGCACUGUGUGCAGGGAGGGGCAGGUGCUGCAGCUGGCGGCGGCGCGCGCCAUGGCGGGCGGGGGCGCGGGGGGCGCGGUGUGUAUGUGCUCGCACUGUGUGCAGGGAGGGGCAGCGCGGACGCGGCCGCGCGGCGCCAGCUGCUGGCGGCGGCGCUGGCGCACUGCCCGGCGGCGGACAUCGAGGCCAACCUCCGCGACAGAAUGGCUCUGGAACUAGAAAGCCUGCAACAAAUGGGUGUGACCCUCAGAGAACACAGUAGUCUCAGCGAGCGAUGGCCUUCCACUGAUGACGAAUUUGCAGACGCCGUCACAACGCCUAUGGUGGAGAAAAAGGACCUGGUUCCCGCUCAAUCAGACGUGAAGAUUCCACUGUUUAACUACUUACUGGACACUUUUCAGAAUAAGUUCGCUAUCAGCGACCGCCAGCCGGCCGCCGCGAGCGGGGCCGAGCAGGGCGCGGCGCAGUGCCAGGAGUUCUACCAGUCGCUGUACCCGGAGCUGGCCGUGUCGCCCUGCUACUACAGAUACGAUCGCUUCUCCCUGCCCGACGCCACCGAUGGCCCCCUGGCAGUCGGACAGAACGUGCUCAAGUGGUUCUACAUUCAGAACUGCUUGGAGGAAGGUGUCACUUGCGAGUUGGAAUCUGAAGUGGUGCAGCGCUGCGCGGAGGAGCUCGUGUACAGGGACACGGCGCUGGGCGUCGCCUGCCUGCUGCGGGCGGCGGGGGGCGCGGGCCUCAUGACAGAGUCCGCGGGGGCGCGGGCGCGGGCGCGCGGCGCCUGCAGCAGGGCGCGGGCGCGGCGGCGGCGCUGUACGCGGAGCUGGUGCACUGCAACUAUGGCGCGCGGCGCGCUGCGGGCGGCCGGGCCGGCGGGGCGGCUGGCGCCGGUGCGGCAGUGGCUGGAGCGCCUGGCGGCCGCGGCCGACGUGGACGCGCUGCGGGCCCUCGGCUACUCCGUCAACGGACUGCUGUUCAACGCCGACGCAGACUACCGGCGCGAGGUCAUCUACCGGCUCGCCAGGUCCCCGGAGUGGGCGCACGUGUCGCUGGCGUGCAGGCUGGCGCGCGGCCGCGGGCUGUGUGCGCUGGACGUGUCCCCGGAGUGGGCGCACGUGUCGCUGGCGUGCAGGCUGGCGCGCGGCCGCGGGCUGUGUGCGCUGGACGUAGGUGUGUGUGUGUGUGUGUGUGCAGGUCCCCGGAGUGGGCGCACGUGUCGCUGGCGUGCAGGCUGGCGCGCGGCCGCGGGCUGUGUGCGCUGGACGUGUGAGGUGUGUGUGUGUGUGUGUGUGCAGGUCCCCGGAGUGGGCGCACGUGUCGCUGGCGUGCAGGCUGGCGCGCGGCCGCGGGCUGUGUGCGCUGGACGUGUGAGGUGUGUGUGUGUGUGUGUGUGCAGGUCCCCGGAGUGGGCGCACGUGUCGCUGGCGUGCAGGCUGGCGCGCGGCCGCGGGCUGUGUGCGCUGGCCGUGUGGCUGCAGCACGCGGCGGCGGCGCUGCAGUGCGCGCCCCCCGCGCCGCCCGCGCCCCCGCCCCCGCUCGCCGGCAUCCCAGAAGCACACGCUCGUAUAAAGGAAGCUCUCUGGCCCCUCAUACCGGGCACGGAGCACAACGCGCUGAUCAUGUUCUUCUCGCUGCUGAAGAGUGUGGACGAGAAGGCCCUCGUCGGACCUCUCACUGCCGCGGAACAUAUCAAACUGCUGAAGAAAGCCAAAGCUGCUUCUCCAGAGCUGGACUACAAGCUGCUGGUGUCGGGCGAGGCGGCGCUGGGCGAGCACGUGGCGCGCGUGCUGCGGCCCGACAACGUGGCGCUGCUCAGCAAGCUGCUGCGCACGCUGCCGCCCGCGCUGGCGCUGCCGCUGGCGCUGCCCGCCAUCUACGCCAAGUGGCUCACCAGGCACUUCUUCAGCGUGCCGAGCAACGCGGCGAGCAAGAAGUGGAUGCAGCAGUACCGGCAGUGCGCGAGCUACUUCAACAAGCUCGCCAAGCACGAGCUCAUGCAGUUCGUGGAGGACACCUGCUUCAGCGACGAGGCCAUCCAGCGCGUUCCAGCCGGGACCCGCAACCUGAUGAUAAUGCAAGCCGUGGACUACUGCCAGCAGGAACAGGAAAACGAUUUCAAGUUCAACAAGAACGAGCAGUCGUGGGCGGGCGCGGGGCAGGAGCCGUCGUGGGCGGGCGUGGGGCAGGAGCUGUCGCGCUGGGCGCGCUUCCUCGACAACCUGCACUCCGACACCGUGCAGCACCUACUGCGCUCCGCGGCGCUGCCCGCGCUCCACGUCUGGCCAGAAAUAGAGAAGAGCCACGGCGACCCGGAGCGGCUCAUGGACUGCCUGGCGCGCGGCCUGCUGCAGGCAGAGAUCCGGGCCGGCGCCCUGGCGCGCCUCCUGCAGUGUCUGCACGUGGCCGCGAGCCCCGACCAGCUCCUGCGGCACGUCGCGCGCCACUGCCGCUCCGCCAGCGACGUGGAGAUUCUGGUGUCCCGUAUGACGGCGUACAGUAAAGAAGGGGUGAAGCUCCCCGAGGACCUGUUAGAGACAGUGAUGCAGAAAGCUUCAGAAUUUGCGUUGCCUCCCCACAAGCAGAUUGGUCUGCUGUCUCUGAGCCAGAAGACGAGGGUCCAUGAUAGUGACGAUAUGCUCAAGAUAGCACAGUACACUAUGGAGCUAUUCCGCACUGAGUGGCCAGACUCUGACUACACCGAGAAGUUGACUGAUGAGAUGUUACUCAGCGAGGAAGGUCGUCGGGACGCUUUCAGCAAGUUCCUGUCGCUGGCGGACUCCUGGCAGCGCAAGAAGGCGCUGGUGGACAUCCUGCAGUGCUGGCCGCCCACUAGAAACAGUGAUUCGAGGAGCCUGCAUUGUGAAUACGUGCACCAUCUCCUCGCCGACAAAUCAGAUCAAACGGAGAACUUAAUGCUCAUCAAGUUACUAUUGCAGCGCCCUGUACUUGCUGAAGAGGAGGUGAAUUGGCUCGCUGACAAUGUGGCUCCUGAAUCUGUAAUCAAUGCUAUUUGGGUUCUACUCCUCAGCAAAUCAGAACAUUUCAAGGAUAACAUCUUGAACUUAGCUCUUCAGCAUAAGAUAUUUCUCCAAAACCAUGAAGUAGACGAAGACUUGUUAAAAGAACUCUUAGAUAAUGGCAUGUUCAUAAAACUGGUAUCGUGUCCGCUGUACUCGUCGUUCAUAAACUACAUAAUCUCGAAGCAGGCGGGCGCGUACAGCCCGCAGUGGGCGGCGCGCGAGCUGGCCCGGGCCGGCCUGUGCGCCGAGGCCGGGUCGCUGCGCCUGGCCGCCGCCGGCCUGCCCGCCGCGCUGCGGGGCUUCUCGCAGGCCGUGGCGGCCGGGAUGGCGGAAUCCGCCCGAGCCUUUGCUUAUUGCAAAGAUGUCUUAGAUGAUUAAACAUUCUAUUUAUUCUGAUCUAUGUCUAUAUUAUAUAUGUGUCAUUAAUAAAUUAUGGC